AUGUCGAACGAAGAGAAAGCGACCCGGCCUGAAGCUGGCGAGGAUGAACUUGAUGAAUGGGACCAGCGGAUAUUCAGUACCGGCUGUGCUGAGGAACAGCUUCGAAUGAACGAUUGCUACUAUGAAAAGAAAGACUGGCGAGCGUGUAAGAGAGAAGUAAGUGUCGGAUCCCAA